AUGUUGGCCCUUCGCGACGAGAACGCUGUCAACGCAGCUCAGGCCGCUCGACUGGCACCUGGAAAAGGGCAGCUGGCCCCCAGGACCCCCGGGGCCCGAUACCCGAAGACGCCCUUGAAGAUUCCCCUCAAUGAUGAGAACGCCGCUGGAGGAGCCAAGAUGGCUCUUGCGCCCAAGUCGAUUGGUAACAUCCAGGGCACUGUCAAGAAGCAGAACCUCGUCACCCCGUCCGAAACACGGGCCCGCGCGCCACUCGGAAACAAGACCACCAACGCAAAGACCAGGUCUACCCAGAAUGCCGGAGGAAAGGACCUUGAGAAGACUCAGACGAAGCCCACAACUACCAAGAAGCUCAAGCAGCGUUCUCCCGGCGUCGGCCCUUUGAAGCUCGAAGUUCGCAAUGACCAAUCUGGCGUGGCCGAGGAGCCUGACGUUGAAUAUGCGCCAGUCCCCGCCAAGGAUCUGCCUUACGAGUCGGAUGUCUUUCCUGAUGGGGUUUUGACAUUUGAGGGCCUCAAGCCGGAGAAUAUGUUCAAGGGCUAUUACAACCACUUCUACAACCCCCUGGGUGAGGACGGUGUCAGGUUGCAAGACAGGAAGCACAAGGAAAGCCUCAAGAAAGCCUUGAAGGAGAGUGAUGAGCGUAUUCUCCGUGACAUUCGGGAGAUGGACUGGUCCGUUUCCGACGUACCCGAGACUGCAGCCUUUGCCCAAAGAAAGGCCCCCGGCCCGGCCCCUAACCCGGCCGUCACUAGAAGAGUCGUGGGAGGUGCCCCUAAGUAUCCUCCUACCAUCACCUCUAGACGGGCCGCGUCUGCUCUUUCUAUGACGACGAGUUCCACUAUUCAACAGAAGAGGCCUGUUGAGCAGAAGUCUACAGCCCGACGGCCUAUCUCUGCCCUGCUUCCACGUACCAGGCCCGCAGCUGGCGCCGUAGCCUCAAAGUCUAUAGCUGCCGAGAGCGCCAUGGGAGAAGCAGCGUCGAGAAACACUCUGGGAUAUACAAAGGGCCGUACGGCCUCAUCCGUUAUCAACGGACGACCUCCAGCCCGACCUGCCUCGACAGAUAUCGCCACGAUUGCCCCCCCGAAGACUGUUGUUAGGCGUGACGCAUCACCUCAGAAACAGAAGCAAGAGGUUCGUGACGAGAACGAGGACCUCAGCCGACUGCAGUUCUUGUCCAUCUUUGAUCCCGCUGGAGAAGAUGAGGAUGAUGGUAUCGGUAGCGCCGGUCCACGAAAUGAAGACUUUGAGGAAGGUGAGGAGUUUGAAAUGAAGUUGAGUUUCUGA